GGUGAGUUGUGAUCCUUACUGUAUAACCCGAGUGCAAAGUGGUUAACAAGGUUAGUGGAUUAAGUAUGGAGAGUGAUGAGCGACAAUACCCUUUAUAUUUGAUGGAGCAGACCUUGCCCUCCACCAGCAGCUACAGCAUCUUCAGUAAUCUCAACAUAAUAGGGCAAGUGACGCAGCACCGUCUCCAGUAAUAGCACGAGUGACAAGUGUCAGUAUUAACUAUCAGUAUAUGCCAGCAGAAGAUGUAUUGAUGAGAGGCGUUGUGAUGCAAGCCGGGGUGAUGUGUGGGGGUGGGCAGGUGCAGCGGCCCUCACAAGUACGUUGGUAAACGGCUUGUGUGGCGGCGGGGACGUGCUCCUCCUGCACUCCCACAGCUCCUGGCCUCCGGGAACGGGAGCACAAGGCGCGGAAACAGGAAGUUUGAUAAUAGUUUGAAAAAAUAGAUAAAGGAAGCAAAGUGAUGAAGAUGGCGGCUGACCCGGCUAGUGGGCUCCUCGACCAGGACAUCCUCCAGGACCACUACAUCAUCGCUAACCAUUUUAAUGAUGACCCACACUUCACAGAUUUGGUUAGACAAGCGGAAACAUCUAUAGAAAGUGGCAUAUACCCUGAGAGGAUAUAUCAAGGCUCCAGUGGCAGCUACUUUGUAAAAAACAGCAAUGCAAAAGUUAUUGCAGUAUUCAAGCCAAAGGAUGAAGAGCCUUAUGGUCGCCUUAAUCCAAAGUGGACAAAGUGGCUACAUAAGGUGUGCUGUCCUUGCUGUUUCGGCCGCUCGUGCCUCGUACCUAACCAGGGGUACUUGUCUGAAGCUGGGGCUUCACUAGUUGAUCAGAAGUUGCAGCUCAACGUUGUUCCUAAAACUAGGGUAGUAAAAUUAGCCAGUGAAACUUUCAAUUACACAAGGAUAGAUCGUGAAAAAUCGAGAGCUAAGAAGAUUGUCUCUGAACGUUUUCCCAAAGUUGGUCGGCAUUUUCACAGAAUUGGACUUCCCCCUAAAGUUGGGUCAUUCCAAGUGUUUGUGGAGGGAUUCAAAGAUGCUGAUUACUGGCUGCGGAGAUUUGAAGCAGAGCCUCUGGGUGACUCGACUAGCAAACAAUUUCAGCUACAGUUUGAGCGGCUUGUUAUCUUGGACUACAUCAUCAGAAAUACAGACCGUGGUAAUGACAACUGGCUUAUAAAGUAUGACAAGCCAGAACUAGCAGAUGAAGGAGAGAGUGAGGAUUGGUCAAUGGUGAAACCUCCCGAGGUGAAAGUAGCUGCCAUUGAUAAUGGCCUUGCCUUCCCAUUCAAGCAUCCUGACUCUUGGCGAGCUUACCCUUACCACUGGGCUUGGCUUCCUUGGGCCAAAAUUUCCUUCAGUAAUGAAACCAGAGAUCUUGUCCUUCCAUUGCUAUCAGACAUGAAUUUUGUCCAAGAGCUCUGUGAUGAUAUGUAUAAUUUAUUUCAGACGGACAAAGGAUUCGAUCGACACAUUUUUGAGCGCCAAAUGUCUGUAAUGCGGGGACAGAUUUUAAACUUAACGCAAGCCCUUAGAGAUGCGAAGAGCCCUGUUCAGCUGGUUCAGAUGCCAGCUGUCAUUGUUGAAAGGUCAAAAGGCAGAGUUGGUACAACUGCCCGUUUUCGAUCCUUCAGCGACACAUUUACACAAUCAUUCCAAGAAAAAAGUCCGUUCUUUUCGUGGUGCUGAGGGAAGGUAACUUUUUUCCUCUGGUCAUAAUUGGGUCAGCAACAUUAGUAUUUUGACAGGUCUUUAGACACGGCUCAUUUAACUAUCAUUACAUGUUUUUGAUGGUUAUUUUUUUUUUUUUUUAACAUUUAGAUGUACAGAAAGUGUCUUAUUGGUAUUAAAUCCUAAAAUGUUCUCAGAGCCUUGGUCAUAUAUAAGAAUGGGGUCAAUCACUGAAACACUUCAUAUAAAGCUGCAUUUUAUAAUGUCUUCUACACGUUUUUACUCUAGACAUCUGAAUUGUUAAAUGAAAAAAAUAAAAGGCAUAGGAUAUACAAUACAUAAAGCUUAACAAUCUUCUUAUGACUUAACUGAAGGUGAACAUAAUCCAGGUUCUACUCUUUAUAAAAAUGUGUGUAAUAUUAAGCCUUUAAAACAAUACACAUGUACAUGUAUUCUUGAUCUAUGAAAAUGUUAAUUGAAUAUAUAUUGAAUCCUCCUUAAACUGCAUUUUUCUUGGUAAAUCAAGGUUUUUUACACGUGUACUUUUUUUAUUUGAUGAUUGCUUUAUACAUCAGAUGACCUUGUAAAAAUCUUUUACAAGAUUUGCCUUGGAAAAAAAAAGAAAGUCAUGAUGAGUAUUCAUUGCUGUUUAUUAGUUUAUUUCAAGGAGUACAAUAGUUGGUCAUUAUAAAUCAAAUUGCCUGUGGCACAGACCUGUCAUUUCAUUCCCCAGUCUGUCUGUCUCUAAAGGGAAAAGAAUUCUGUAUGCCUCUAUGAUACAUGCAUUCAUAUGUUUAUAUAUUAAUAAAUGCAAACGUAAGUAUACACUUUCUUCGAGAGGGCAGUUUUUGUUACUAUUUUUAAUACUAGCUGAUUAAUGCAUGGGGACUUUGCUGUAUCCCCCAGGAAGUGCCACUGUUGGGCCAGUUAUAACAUAGUUUUCACUAUUUAAUUUACUCACAUUGAGUAAAUUAUGCUAUAUAUUUUUUACAUAAACACAAUUAGGUGUGUGAGCAGGUUUCAGUAAAUAAAAUGAUACAGUAUGGCAUAUAUAUAAAAUAAUUUUUGUUCUAUUAUCCUUAGGUCAUGAAAUUAGUCAUUAUCAAUAAUGCUGGCAAACAUUGGACUUUGUGACAAGGGUAGCUAUGUCUUUUUGCGUAAUUAAGUUUUGCACAUUUGUCCUGAAUGCUGGAACAACACUUGGGUAAUGCCAGCCCUUCGUAAUACUCUGUGAUAACUUAGAAAUGCCACAAAUAUUAAACACACUACUAGUAUUAACCCAAGCAUUUCACAUCCCUCUUUCAGUGGAGUUUCAGAAUUUAGGAUUAUUUUUUUUCACUAUUGUCUCACAGAGACUUAAAAAAAAAGUGACCAAAGCAAAAAUUAAAAGAAUGUAUAGUUGCAAUAUUUUUCAAUUUCUUAUUGGAGAAUGUGAAAUAAGUUUGAAUGAUGCAUGCGUGUAGUGUGCCGCUCCCUAGGUGCACCAGGUUUGGAGUGUGUGAAUGAGGUUUCUGCAUUCUUGGUUUCCCCUUGUAUAUGUGAUAAUGUAUAUUGUUAUAAAUGUGUGCUUUGUGGUACUGUAGUUUUUUUUUUUUUUCCCCCUUUUCUUUCUUUCUGGUAUGUGCAUACAUUACAGGACAUUGCAGGUUUUCUAAUCAUAAAUUUUGGAUAAGGUGCUUUGAAGAUGCAUUGAUUUCUUACUGUUUUGAAGCAGGAUUUGAAUUGAGUGGUUAACUUCUAUAUUUAUUUUGAAAAGCGUUAUCAAAAGCAGAUAUGAAAUAUAAUUUUCUGCAGUUGGAGUGAAUGUGACUCUUGCUUGUUUAUGGGUUAUUGAGUUUUCCAGAAUAGUUACCCAAUGCUUAAUCCUUGUACGGUAAGUAUAUUUUUUUAAAAGCAAUGACUGAAUGCUGCCAUACUAGAUAGAUUGGUCAAAUAGUGAUCAUCUUUUGUGAUCUUUCAACACUGAUUUAUUUUAUGUAAGAGGCUGUGGAAUUUUAUCUUGAUGUACAUACUCUUUGAUCCUCUAAUUUCCCAUGUAAAGAGGCAGCAUUUAUUUAAGAAUGUUUGUGGGCUGGACACUUAAGGAUAUUAAGCUCAGGUAAUGGAACAGUAGUUGCCCAAAAGGGUUAACAGGUAUAGUCAAUAUCAUAGGUUUUACAGAUGAAAAUGUAAAAGUUUGUUUACUAUUUAUCAUGAUAAAAACUAGGAAAUAUGUAACAAGUUGAUGUGGGAAGUAUUGUUACCUGGGGUAGAUGCUAGAAUGUUAGGCAUCAGAUUCCUAACAUACAUUAAUAUAAGGAGACUUGAAAUUGUGUGCAUGAAACUAACUGAGCUAGAAUGAUGUACGAUGUUUAUCAUGACCUAGGAUGAUGUAGAAUGUAUCAUAUGAUAUAGGAUAUAUAAUGGUAGAUAUCUGAUUAACUUUGAUCAUAUUUGGUUAUGUAUUGUUGUGUACAAGAUUAUUGGAUGGAAUGCAUGCCAUAACUUGGGUAAUAAACAUGUGAUCUGUUAUAGUGUGGCAUUAACAACCAGUCAGUCGGUAUAUAAUAAAGGGAGUCGCAUGCGUUUUGAAAUAAGGAAAGCUACUUCAGUUUGAAGGAAAACAACUUUGCUACUGCAGCAAGUCUUGGGCUGUUGUAUCAGUGUGCAAAUAAUUUUCUCUUCAUAACUGUGUUCAGACAGCCAAACAGUAGACAACUUAAUGGGAUAAUCCCAGAUUGUCAUGCCUUUUUCUUUUCUGAAAUUUACUUCUUGCUCUGUAAUGUUAAAUUGGCUUUUACAAGUUAUUGUUUUUAUAUAAAGGAUUUCUGAUAACUUAUUUUGAUUAUUGAAAAGUCUUGGUAUUUCUCCAGCCUAUUACAUAGUAGGAUAAAUACUGAAGCUUGUAUAAAUUAUAUAAGUACAGAGGUUUUUCUUUGCUCUCGUCUGGCUAAAACCUGGAAUUUACAGAUUACGUCAUUUCUUAUUCUUGACUUUCCAUCCUUUAGAUAUGUUGACACUAUGGAGUGAUCAUUAUAUAUUUACUAGCUGUUUUGCUGCUUAAUUCUGACUGGUUGUUUUUGCUGCUGCUCUUAGUAUUGAAGAGUUUAAGACGGGGCCUCUUCACAUGAUUUUACGUUUGAGUUAACGUGUGAGAAUGAUGCAUGUUUAGGAUGGUGCCUUCAUAUUGUAUAUUAUUCUGUCUACAUUGUAUAUGCUUAAUGUGAUCAUACCAUGGACUACCAUGUUGUUGGGGCUUUGCCAAAUUAUAUCUGUAUUUUGAAAUGUAAUAGUAUUUUUUAACGAAGGACUUUUUUCUUGUAUAUUAAACUGGUAAUUUUUCCAGGACAUUUUGGAAAGUUUGUAUAUACAAAAGGCACACUACUUGCCUUAACAGUUAGUCACUACAGCAUAUCUUUUCUGAACGAUCAAUGAAAAUUUGACCUCUACCCAUGCCUAAUACUUUCAUAUGACCUCGGUCAACAGUUUGUAAAACGGUCAAUGCAACAAUGUUAUGCUUGAACUUAUUUAUCUCUGUUACUGUAUGUUAAAGCUUCCUUAUAAAUAUACGUAGUCUUAACGUUUGUUUAA